AUGGAUGCGCAUAUGACAUCGCCAGUGCCGAUGGAGACGGACCAGAUCGCACGUCCUGAGGACGCUGCUGUGGUUGUCCCAGACUCGACGGGCGACGCGCCAAUAGCAGCCAGUUCCAUCGACGAAGCCGCGCCUCAACUUCAGCAAGUAGAGGUAACUCUUGUCACGCAGGAGCUGCCGAUGGAGAUGGAGCAGGACGCCCUUCCUUUGGAUGCAGCCAUGGUCACAGACCCAAUUGGCGACGCGCCAAUGGAAGGCAAUGUCAUCGACGAAGCCGGACCUGAACCUCAGCCUCCAAAAAUAGCUCGUGAACGAGAGGACGACGACGAGGCGAGCCAGCCUUCAGCGAAACGCAAGAAGACGGAGGAAGCCGAUGGGCCAGAGAAAGCCGCCGCGACGACUGUACCACACGAGAAUGGCACCGACGACAGCGAGCCCUCACCUUCAACCAAACCGGCGAAGAUAGAAGAAGAUGAUGCGCUAGAAGGGGACACCGCGACCACUGUACCACAUCAGAAUGGCUACGAGGAUAGUCAGCCUCCAGCAGAAUCCGCAAAAAUGGAAGCAGCCAAUGGAUCAGAGCGCGGCGCAUCGACGACUUCACCACAUCAGAAUGGCGACGAUGACAACCAGCCCUUAGCAGAACGCACGAAAACGGAAGAAGCUGAUGGCUCAGAGCGAGGCGCAUCGACGACUACACCACACCCGAAUGGCGACGACGCAAGGACAUCUGACGCUCUGACUGACCACGAGGUGAAGGAGUUGCAAAAGGUGAUCCGGAACAGUACUAAGACGUUGGCUGGGAAGAAUUUCAGAAAAUCCGUUGCGGACUUGUGGCCGGAACUCGGUGCUUCAUACGCUGCUAAAAUUGAAAAUCCCGUUGAUCUUUCGUUGAUCGAUAAUCGACUCAGGGACAGGAAGUAUCUCAACAUGCAAGCGUUCAAGUCCGACAUAAAUUUGCUUUACAACAACUGCUGUACUUUCAACGGAGCUGAUCACGGCGUCUCAAAGCAGGCCCGUGAACUCCGCGACUCGAUUUUUGAGAAGGCUCGACGUCUUCCACCUCCCACGCCAGCCGCGCCCAAGAGGGAGAAAAGCAAGGCACCCAAAAAGCCCACACCAGCGCCUGAUAUGGCACCGCGAGCGAAUACGGCGAGGAGGCAAUCUAAGGGUUCAGGACAAUCCCCAGCGCAGCCGGUCGGACCAGCAGCAACCACAUUUGCCUUGAAUCCAAACACGCAGUCACCCAUCAUUCGCCGUGACUCCACCAAAGGGGAUCGACCGAAAAGGGAGAUUCACCCUCCGAAGACUAAAGACCUUCCCUAUUCAGCGGCUAAACCCAAGAACAAGAAGGUCGCCACAGAACUAAGAUUCUGUGAACACGUCUUGAACGAGAUGAAGAAGCCGAAACACUCUGCAUACAGCCUUCCGUUCUUGGAGCCAGUUGAUCCGGUUGCAUUGAACAUACCCAAUUACUUCACAAUAAUUAAGAACCCCAUGGACCUCCAAACUGUUACCUCAAAUCUCCGCAAUGGUGUUUAUCCUAGUGCAAAGGAAUUUGAGAGAGACGUUAGGUUGAUCUUUGCAAACUGUUUCAAAUUCAACCCCGCAAACAAUCCUGUCAAUGAAAUGGGGAAGCGGUUCCUUGAUGUGUUCAAUCACGAGUGGGAGAAGAAGCAAUCAUGGGUUGCUGAGCACUCCCCCCCUAUGGCUAGUCCCUCGCCGCAGCUCGAUUCGGACGAAGAAGAAAGCGAAGAGGAGGCUGACCAAGAUGAAUCUGCCCCUACUGCCCCUUUUCAAAGUGUGGCAGCAACGCGAUUGAUUCAUGAACAGUCCAAACUUAUCGCCCUUUUAAGGAACAAGAACGCAGAUCAAUCGGAGAUCAAUCUCCAGGAACAAGUUAUCGCCAUGGUUAAGAAGGCGGCGGAUGAGGCAGCAGCAGCAGCAAAAAAGCCCAAAAAAACAAAAGCACCAAAGCCAAAGAAGUCUUCCGUUGCAAAGACACCAAAGCCAGUAAACAAAUUUAAAAAGCUGAACCAAAAGAAGCCCAAGUAUAUGGGAACAGUGGAAAAAGAGGUAAUAUCCAAUGGACUUUCUUCGUUGCCAGACGACAUCUCAACUCACGUCCUCGAAAUGAUCAAGCAAGAUCAAAUGGGUGUGGAUGUUGGUGACGAUGGUACUUUGGAGCUUGAUAUCGACGUCGUCAGCGCCCCAAUUCUCUGGAAAAUUCAUGACUUGAUCAUGGAGUACGCUCCUGAAGUUGACGCCACUGUCCGAGCCCAGUUUGCUGAAAAAGAGGCACCUCGCACUCUCGCUAAGCCUGCACCCAAAAAAAAGAAUAAGCCAAUGAAUGCAGGGGAGCAAGAAGCGAAGAUUGAGGCUCUAAAAAACAAAAUGGGCCAAUUCGAUAGACAAGGAUCGGGCUCUCAAGAACCUGUCUUACAAACUGUUGAGACGCAGGAGCCAGAAUCGAGUGGCGAUGAAUCAGAUUCCGAAGAAGAAUGA